AGAAACUAUCAUCAUAGUAUUAUAUUAUAAAUUGGCAAACCAGAGAAACUAUCCGAGUAAUUUUCUCUAAUGUAAUUAAAAACAUUUACUUUUUUUUAAUUACUUCAGUAUAUUAUAUCAUCAUAGUAUUAUAUUAUAAUAAAAAUAAUAAGUAAAAGAAGUUGUGAAUUUCUUCAUGCAGAAGCUCCAUGCAAAAGAGUUGAUGAAGUUACUUCUGUAAACUCUUCUUCUCACCCAUCUUGUCCACUCAAUGUGUAUCAUACUAUCAUGCUUAUCUCCAUCCUUCACCAUUCCCGUCCCCACCACCACCACUUUUCCAUCACUCAACCGCUUAAAACUCUACAAUCACCACCCCCACCCCCACACUCAACCAUACAUACAAAACUUAUAACUAUAAUCAAACUCCUCCUUCCCUUCAAUUCUUUUGACAGUAAUGAAAUUACCCUUCGUCUCUUCAAUCGCUGCUGAACCUAAAUCAGUCCUCGAUAUUCGCCGGAGUCCUCCUUCUCCGGUCACCGGAACUUCAUCAGAGCUCACCUCUUUCGCUUACGACAGUUUCGAACAUGGAAUGAUUAAUAAUCAGGUUGACGAAUGGGAUUCUGAUUCUCUCAUGAGAGAAUUAGGGCUUUACGAUGAUUCUAACACUAAUUCUAAUUCUAAUACUAAUAAUUCGAACAAUAAUUCGAAUAGAUCAUCUGGUUAUCCUCUAGAUCUACCAGAUCUUCCGUCCUUUUUUUAUUCAGAUUUCGAUCAAAAUUUGAACCAAAACCUUUUCGAUUUGAAUAAUUUGAUGAGUGAAGAAGAUGCGACUCACACGAACGAGUUCGAUUAUAGAAUCGAGUUGACUCGGUUAGCCGAGUGCUUCGAAACGCAGUCGUUUCAGCUCGCGCAAGUGAUACUCUCGCGGCUGAACCAGCGGCUCCGUUCACCUACCGGAAAACCGCUUCAACGAGCUGCGUUUUACUUCAAAGAAGCGAUUCAGAAUCUGUUUAAUGGAUCUACGUCUACUACUAGAAGCUUACAGAGUUGUACGUCGUAUGAAAUUGUACAAGUGAUUAAAGCGUACCGGACGUUUUCAACUGUUUCUCCGAUUCCGAUGUUCUCUAGCUUUACUGCAAAUCAAGCGAUCCUUGAUGCGGUUGACGGUGUGAUGAUCGUCCACGUCAUCGAUUUCGACAUCGGUUUUGGCGGUCAUUGGGCGUCGUUUCUGAAAGCGGUUGCGGAGAAGGCGGAGGCGCGUAAAGUUCACUCACCGGCGGUGAGAAUCACCGCCGUAGUUCCGGAAGAAUACGAACCGGAAUCGCGAUUGAUUCGAGAUAAUCUACAUCAAUUCUCUACAGAUCUGAAACUACGUUUCGAGAUCAAUUUCGUUUCAAUUCGCGCGUUUGAAUUCGCAUCGUUUAAAUCGAUUAAGUUUAUUAACGGAGAGAAAACCGCCGUUCUUCUCUCGCCGAUGAUUUUCCGGCGAAUUGGAUCUGGUUUUGUUAACGAUCUCCGGCGAGUUUCUCCAACCGUCGUGGUGUACGUCGACGGCGAAUUGAACGGAUCUGGAGCGUCGUUUUUUAGUAAAGCGGUUAUCGACGGUGUUGAAUUGUACACGACGGUUCUAGAAUCGCUAGAGGCGGCGAACGUCGCCGGCGGUGCUGGAGGUGACUGGAUAAAGAGUAUUGAGAUGUUUGUGUUACUGCCGAAGAUAAUAGCGGCGGUGGAGGACGGCGGUCGGAAUGUGAGUCCGUGGCGGGAGGCGUUCGGUAGGGCGGGGCUCCGGCCGGUGGCGAUGAGUCAGUUUGGUGAGUUUCAGGCGGAGUGUUUGGUCCGGCGAGUGCAGGUCAGAGGGUUUCAUGUGGUGAAACAACAUGCAGAGAUGAUGCUUUGCUGGCAUGAUAGGCCACUUGUUGCCACGUCAGUAUGGAGUUUUUAAGUUUUAAGUUUUUUUUAAGAGUUAAAUGUCUUUUUAGUAUCUAUGAUUUGAGUCAUUUUGCCAGUUUAUUUCAAAAGUUUGAAACGUUACCAUUUUUGUCCAAAUAGUUUCAAACGUUGCCAUUCUCCAUCUAUUUUUUUUAUGUUAGCUAAAAGGGUAAUUCGAUCAUUUUAUAUGUUCGAAUUGUCUUUCUAGUUAACAGAAUUACAUUUAAAAUGAUCGAAAUGUCCUUUUAGUUAACAAAAUAAAGUGAUGGAGUUAACACAGUGGACUAAAAUGGCAACGUUUAAUACUAUUUGGACUAAAAUGACAACGUUUCAAACCUUUGGACUAAAUUAACAAAUGACCCAAACAUAGGGACUAAAAUGAACUUUAACUCUUUUUUUAACCAAUGAGGAUUAGUAAGGUUGAUGUACUUUUCACAUAGGCAAUAAUGUUGGUACACAUGUGUUUAUUUUGGGGAUUGGAUUAAUAAUAAUACUUGCCAAUUUAGGGUUAUGGGUAAGUAAUCAUAUUUUAGAUGGCUAAUGAGUAAUGACUAUCGAUUUCGAACUC